AUGGAUCUGAAGCAGAAGGAAAGUCACGGCGUUGACCACGUCGACGUUGCCACCAUGGACGAUUCGCAUCUACAGCCACCUGAAGCAUCGACGCUGCCUUGGUUCAAGCAGACAGAGCUGAGGAAACUCUAUUUCAUGAUGGUCUUCCUCUUCCUGGGCUCUACAACACUAGGUUACGACGGAAGCUUGUUGAACGGACUUCAGACCAUGCAGUCAUGGCAGACCUUCUUCGACCACCCCUCAGGAAGUCGACUCGGUAUCUUCGGUGCCAUGCCAGGCUUUGGCGGCCUUUUCGUCCUCCUCUUCGCGCCCUACAUCGCCGACGGCCUCGGCCGAAAAUGGGGCACCGCCAUCGGCUGCCUCCUCGUCAUCUUUGGCGCGCUGCUGCAGUCUUUCCCCUUUGGAUCUGGCAGGGACGCCAUGUACCUCAUCGGUCGCUUCAUCAUGGGCGCCGGAUCCAACAUCUCAAACGGCACUUGUCCUCUGCUCAUCACCGAAGUGGCACACCCUCAGCAUCGCGGCAAGGUCACGACUCUCUACAACACACUCUGGUACUUGGGCAGCUUCGGAACGCUCACAAGACAGUCCGGUGAUCUACAAUGGCGACUACCCACUGGAUUGCAGUGCAUGAUGCCAGGCAUCCAGUUGAUGGCCAUCUGGUUCCUCCCCGAGAGCCCGAGAUGGCUGAUUAGCAAGGGCAAGGAGGCCGAGGCGAAGAAGGUUCUCAUCAAGUACCACGGCAACAACAACGAAAACGACGAAUUCGCGCAUUGGGAGUUUGCCGAGAUCACUAGCACGCUUCAGCUUGAGAAGGAAGCCUCGGCGGAGAGCGGUUGGAUGGAACUUGUUCGCACCCCAGGAAACCGUAAGCGUUGCGGGCUCAUUAUCGCAACCGCCAUCUUCAGUCAGUGCAGUGGUAACGGUCUGGUGUCGUACUAUGUGAGUUUUUUUCUCGCCGUCAUUCUGGGCACUAUUGGAAUUAAGGACUCCAUCACACAAUCAUACAUCAAUGGCGGCCUAACCAUAUGGUGCUGGCUCGUCUCGCUCACAGCCGCCUUUUUUGUCGACCGAAUCGGACGCCGAGUCCUCUUCCUCUUCGCCGGCGUCGGCAUGCUCAUCUCAUUCUCCAUCUGGACAGCCUGUAGCGCCGUAUACGCCCAAACACAGUCUUCCUCGGCUGCCGCUUGGCCGGGUCUGACCGUCUCCUACACCGUCGAGAUUCUGCCGUACAACAUUCGCGCCAAAGGUCUCACGCUAUGUUUCUGCUUCACUGCACUGAGUGGUGUCUUUAACCAAUGGGUCAACCCCUUGGGGCUUGAGCAGCUGGAGUGGCAUUUCUACUUCGUUUACAUCGCCAUUCUGGUAAUCGAGUGCCUGGUCAUAUACUUCUUCUUCGUGGAGACAAGGGGUCCUACGUUGGAAGAAAUUUCCAUGCUCUUCGACGGCAAAGAUUCUGCGGCUGGAGUCGCGAGGGUUCACGCUCAGGCAAAGGUUGAGGAGGUUGAAAAGAGAGAGAGCGCAUAA